AUUGAUGAGUAGCGAGUGGCUAGUGAAUUUAAGCAACAAAGAAUAACAAAAAAACCUCAAAAAAUGGUUCAUCACUAUCACUAUGUCAUCGUUCUACUUUUGUUGUUCUUCACCUCAAUUUCAUCUCAUCAACAUCAUGAUCAUGAUCACGACCCUUCAAUCAUCUCAACCAUGGAACAAUUUUCUGGUUACUCAAUUCUUGAACCCACUUCCUUCUCUUCACUAUCCUAUGAUGCUCAAGCUCUGCAAAACCAGAUUGAUGAACUUUCUGGAUUUUCUGAUGCACCUGCUCCAUCAGUAACCAGGGUUUUGUAUACUGAUAAGGAUGUUUUAGCUCGCAGGUAUGUUAAAAACCUCAUGGGAAUUGCUGGUCUAUCUGUAAGAGAGGAUGCUGUUGGUAACAUAUUUGGUCGUUGGGAUGGAAGUGAACCCGGGCUUGCUGCAGUUGCAACAGGUUCCCACAUUGAUGCUAUACCUUACUCAGGAAAAUAUGAUGGAGUUGUUGGUGUUUUAGGCGCUGUUGAAGCCAUCAGUGUCUUGAAAAGGUCUGGUUUCAAACCUAAAAGAUCAUUGGAAGUCAUAUUAUUUACAUCGGAAGAACCCACACGCUUUGGAAUAAGUUGCUUAGGAAGCCGCUUAUUGGCUGGGAGUGAGAAUCUUGCAAAUUCUCUCAAGACUAUAACUGAUAGCCAAAACGUAUCCUUCUUAGAUGCUGCAAGGUCAGCAGGAUAUGCAAGAGAUGAAGACGAUUUAUCGAGUGUAUUUUUAAAGAAAGGAACAUAUUCUGCUUUUAUAGAGUUGCACAUAGAACAAGGGCCUAUUCUGGAGGACGAAGGCAUAUCUAUAGGCAUAGUCACUGCCAUUGCAGCUCCUGCAAGUCUAAGGGUUGAAUUUGAAGGCAAUGGUGGCCAUGCAGGUGCUGUCCUUAUGCCUAACAGAAAUGAUGCUGGUCUGGCAGCCUCUGAAUUAGCCCUGGCUGUUGAGAAACACGUCUUGGAAUCUGGGUCUGUUGAUACCGUUGGCACUGUUGGUAUCCUGCAACUGCAUCCUGGAGCAAUCAAUAGCAUCCCUAGCAAAUCACACAUAGAAAUUGAUACUAGGGACAUAGAUGAGGAAAGAAGAAACCAAGUUAUUGAAAAAAUUCACGAAACAGCAAUUAGAAUAACUAAAACCCGAGGUGUCAAGCUCACUGAGUUUCAUAUCAUCAAUCAGGAUCCACCGGCCCUAUCUGAUGAAGCAGUCGUCAACGCAAUGGAAACUGCAACAAAAGAGUUAAACUUGACGAGCAAGUUGAUGAUUAGUAGAGCCUAUCAUGACUCUUUGUUUAUGGCCAGGGUGUCUCCAAUGGGCAUGAUUUUCAUUCCAUGUUACAAAGGAUACAGCCAUAAGCCUGAAGAGUUUGCCAGUAUAAAAGAUAUGUCAAAUGGUGUAAAAGUACUGGCUUUCACCUUAGCCAAAUUGUCCCUUCAGUAGUAUCUUAUGUAAUUACUUGUGUUGACUAUCAUUGUAGAACAAGGACAUGUGAUUUAUUUCUGUUACAACUUAGUAAUUAAAUAAAUUUCAAAUUUUAGAUAAA